UAUGUUUUCAAAGAAAAGGGUAAAAUAGAUAUUAUGUAUUAUCGCUUCAUUCUUUUUGUGGAACUUUCGUCAAUUUAUCUCAUAAGCAAUCUUUUUUGCUUUUUUCAGACGUCCUUACUUAGAAGGGCAGAAGCUUCCGCGGAAGUAAAUGUGGACGGCACAGAUGAAAUUGUGAAAGUAAAGAAGCCUCAAAACAGAAACAAAAAAAGGAACAAAAAAAUGAAAACAAAAUUUCAAUCUGAGGCUUCAAAACAACGACAAAAAAGAAAAAAAGAAAACAAAAUCCAAGAACUGCUUAAACAGCAUUUGGGAGCGACUGAUUGCGUUACGUCACAAAUUGGUGCAGAUAAAAAGAAAUUUUAUGUUUACAAAUGCCCAGUGUGUAAAAGUUUUAUAAGUGCUAAGUUACAGAGGCACUUGAUCGAAAGUCAUGAGUACAGUUACGAUGACGCUAGGAUGGCAAGCACCAAGAUGCGUUUGUUGUAUUUGUGGUGUCAUGCAGACAAACAUUCAAUUCAUCUUCCUCUACCUUGUGAAACAUGUCAUGAAUGGCAUAGCAGGCUAGAUCGCCACCUCAAAACGCACCCAGUCCAUAAGACGUUAAAGAGUGAAGAAGUGGCAAAAAUGGUUGAAGAUGCCAGAGCUAAGUAUUGGGUGAAAGGUUACAGCAGUCAUCCCAAACCUGGAGACAGUGCUGUUCCGGAUGUCGUCGAGGAACAGAACGAAUACGAGGAAGAAAUAUAUAAUAAUGAAGAGGUAUUAAUAAGGCUGAAACCUAAGCCAUUAGAAUCCUUAUCGCCUAGCAUAGACUACAUUCCACCAGCUGCCAGCCGUCUAUCUCAACAGGAUAGAAAGACGUGGAAUAUAAAGUUUGCUGACUAUUUUACAAUUUAUUUUCAAAAUUCGGAAGAUCUGCUAGAUGCAUUUGAACAGGAUUUGUUGACAUCCGGCCAUACGAAGGCUAAUUCUGUUCAGCACAGAAACCAUGUGACAUUGAUGUGGUCAGCUGUUGACAGAGAACUGAACAUGUUUCCAGUAAACCCGAUGUCAAAUAUUCAUCUCUUUCGUGAUUUUUAUCACCGCCCAACGUUUAAAUCAAUUGGUAAGCAUGGAGGAGUUCAGGCAAGCACUUUAUCAUCACGUUAUGUUUCUCUUGGCUUCUUCAUUCAGUACUUGCGACGGAAUCAGGUGUUUGCUGGAAUGAGUCGUGUGCAGCUUCAAAUUCUCUCUGAUACGAUCAAAGACUUUAAUAAGCAGCUCAACCCAUUUAUAAAGCAAAGAAAAGUGCAGGUUAGAAGGCUCAAAGUGAAGCACCUAUUGCAUCCACAACAUUUUAUAAAUUUUGGUCAAAGCGAAUAUGUACAAACAUUAAUAUCCAAGGCUGAGAAUCGUGACAAACACUGUCAAUAUACAAAGCGGUUUGCUCAAAAUUUCCGCGACUAUUUGAUAGCAAGUCUUGUAAUUGGUAACGGUUUGAGAGCCUCCAACAUAAUGAAUUUAAGGUUAAAUGAUUUUGAAAACUUCCAAGUGGUAAAAGGUUAUGAAGGCCACAAAGUGCUGACAAACGAUAACUAUAAAACCAGCACUAUAUAUGGUGAAAAAUUUAUAGUCAUGCCCGAUGCACUACACCAACAUUUCCUUUUUUAUCAAAAAUUUUUACGACCAAUAAUUUCAAAGUCUAAAUCUGAAAAAGCGUUUUUACCGUCAUCCGGCCAGCCACAAAUGAGUCAAACUAAUGUAUCUUCAUCGCUGACAUCUAGCUUUAGUCAUGCUAAAGUUUUAAAGCCAAAUGAAUACCACAGAGUGUCGUGCACUCGAAUACGUUGCGGACUUGCAACGUUUGCAUGUAAUGAUGGGGGAUUCGAGUCUGCAUUUUUUGCAAAACAUUUCAUGAAGAAUCGAGAACACACAACUGAUUUGCACUAUAACCUGUUGUCCAAUCGAAGACAUGCUUUAAAUAUUGCAAUGAAAUUGUACGAGUCUUUCAAUGGUGCAGAUGGCAUCGAGAUUCACGCUGAGCCUCAAGAUGUUCAGUUAUUAGUCACUAAAUUGAAAAACUCUACAAGUAACAUCAACAAAGAAAACGUUAUCCAAUGGUUGCUUAAAAAUGAUCCAUCUAUUUCAAAACACGAAUUAAGUGAUAUGAAGGCAAUCCUUGAGGAAGUAAAUCGAACUCACAACUCCAUUGGAAACACUUCUACCUUUUAUAGCAAAAAACAACAGGAUUCAUCAAGUGAAUGUUCCAGUACCGAAGAUACUGGCACAGAUUUUGAAAAGGCUACUGUGGAUGACGACAAAGUGGAUGAAAAAAGAAAUGGUGAAAAAGAUGUGAGCGACAACGAAGUUGGAGAAUGUAAUACUGAGAAAGGUGACAAUGAUUGCUCCCGCAAGAAGAAUUCUUACAUACCAAAGAUCGACAUUCUUGAAGAAUAUGGAGUUUCAAAACCUGGAGAUUUUAUCAUUCCACGGCAGUUAGGUGCAAGAGUUGGGUAUUUAGUUUGCGCAUUUUUCUGCAAACAGUUAAUAAUACGCAAUGACUAUGACAACUCAUCAAAUGUUGAAACUUUCACAAAUGCCGAAGUUUCAUCCAGGCUGGCAGAUCUACCGUGCGAACGUUUGCGUGAGAUAUUUGAAACUCGUGAUUUAAGCAAUUGGAAAUUUUAUGUUCUCGCUUUGAGAACGAAAUACUGGCGAUGCACGAAAGAAGGUGGACUAAAUCGCUGGAGAAAAUUUCUGAACGAGGCCAUAGAAAUGGUUGAGGCCUGCAAGAAACAGUGUAUGGCUGCGGACUCGACACCCGCUAAUUUUUCAACAACCGAUAACAAAAAUGACGGAGCUACUGUGGAUGACGACAAAGUGGAUGAAAAAAGAGAUGGUGAAAAAGAUGUGAGCGACAAUGACGUUGAAGCAAGUAAUACUGAGAAAGGUGACAAUGAUGGUUCCCACAGGAAGAAUUCUUACAUACCAAAUGCUGCUGUAUAUAAAGAAGGAAUAGAAAAUGGACGAGAUAUUAGAAAGGAUGCGGAGACUAAGGGAAAGAAGCGUCGGCAACAUGCACUACGCAUUAUGCCUACAUUUGUGAAAAAUGUUACUGAGGAUGAGAAAGAUGAAAUAGAGGAUAGUGGAAAGGAUGUUAAAAGUACAGUGAGAAGGUGUCAACGUAGCUACAUACCACCACCAACAUGUAGUAUGCCUUCAUUUAUGAACGAUCCAAAUGUAAAAAAAGAAUUUGUAAAACCAUCGGAGGUUAUGGAUGUCUACAAUAUCCACUUUACCCGUGAAAAAAUGUCACAAUCUGAAGCAACGGGCGAAAGAUAUUGUGUGACCGCAACGGAUCCAAGAGAAAGCUUCGUUUGUAAAAAAAUUGAUGAUUUUAUUGGCAGAGGAGUUUUUGCUUUAAAAACGUUUUUACCUAAUGAUUUCCUAUUGCAAUAUCCUGGGGAAUUAGUUGAUGCAAAAGUCGGGGCAGAGCGCGAGCUUCUUUACGAAAAAGAAGGUCGUGGCUGUUACUUGUUUUUUUUUAAUUUUAAUGGCAGAAAACUUUGUGUUGAUGCUACAAACGAGCAUACACGUUAUGGCAAAUAUGUCAAUGACAGUGGAAAGUCUUAUGCAAACAGUGCAGUGAGAGUAAAAUACUUUGCAGGAAGUCCCUACCUUUGUCUUUUUGCGAUUAAGAAAAUAGAUAUUGGUACAGAAAUAAGGUAUAGCUAUGGAGAAACGUACGGGCUUAGUUGGAGGAAAUUGAACAACUAUAAAAGACCAUUUACUUUGGAGAUGCUCGAUGAUGCCACUGUGGGAGAUGCCGAAUCAAUAAGCCAAUAGGAAUAAGGCGAAAGUAGUGGAAAUAAUAUCUCCUUUAUUCAAUAUGAUAUAUUAAGUGCAGUAAAUGACCAAUUAAACGUAAUGGGUGUUUUUUAAAACAACGAUUAAAUGUUACAUUGGGAUUACUAGUUGCGUUUCUUUCGCUUUAAGUGUAAUUUUAGCCUUAUCUUUUUAUGAAUGUACACCCGGGACUUUCUUCAAGCGUAAGCGGUUAUUCAUAGUUAUGGGUCAAUUACGGCAACACUAAAGUACAUUUUAUAAAGAAAGAUUGUUUCUAUCUAAAAUAUGUUAUAUAUCCUUUGUUCAUUAUUUUCAA